AUGCUGGGAAGAGUCUUUAUUCUUUCUGGCGCAAUCCUGGUGGCCGCUGGGGCCACGAUUGAUCCGCGAUGUUCUCGCUACAGCCAGGGCAUGGAGGCGCAGGUUCUACCGUACCUGCAGGAUUGUCGCAAAUUCGUCAUCUGUGAUAUGGGUGGUAACGGCCAGGUGCUGUCCUGUCCGAAAGGAUUGUACUUCGACGUUGAAUCGCACGCCUGUUCCUACGAGAAGGGCUCUUGCACGCACGGUGAGCUUACGGGUGAGGCGGACAAUGCGGUACCACUAGUUCCAGUCAAACCUCAACCCCAAGUUCCAGUCAAGCCUCUACCCCAAGUCCCAGUCAAACCUCAACCCCAAGUUCCUAUCAAACCUCAACCGCUAGUUCCAGUCAAACCUAGGCCGCUCCCAGUACAGCCGAACCCGCUGCCACUCUAUCCGAAACCCGUGCAACCACCAAAUUUCCUUCCACCUGUGGUAGCCCCUGAUUCUGAUCUGAUCAAUUCGAAACCAUUGUUCCCAAAUCUGCUACCUAUUGUCACGGCGCCAACAACCGUGGCUUCAAUUCCAGAGCAGCAGCCCGAUAUCCAUCAGCUAAACAUUUGCAAGGAUCAAGCUGCCGGAAAGGUUUACCCCGUUUCGCACGACUGCGGUCUGUACGUCGUUUGUAUGGGCAACAGCAAAGCGAUCGUCCAGCGGUGUCCCAAGGGUCUGCUGUACGAUGGUAAGCAGCAGCGCUGCGAGUUUGCAAGUGCUUCGUUCUGCGCCACACCCCGCUUCGAUGGUAACGUAGUGCUGGAUAUGCACGGCGUCGAUAUGAGCCUACGAACCGACGACGACAAGCCCCUGGAAACUCCGGAGUUGAUACCGGUCGAAAAAACCGCGUAG